UAUCCAUCCCGCCGCCCGGCGCCCGGCCGCCCGGCCGCCGUGUCCCGUGUCCGGUGUCUCGUUGACCUGCGCCCCUGCCCAUCCGGCGAGCCCCAGGCAGCAGCGAGCAGUCCCCUUCCAUCUCCUUCUUGGCUGCUUCCCUUGCUGAUCUGCAGGCUUGCUUCCCUUGCUGAUCUGCAGUCUGGCAUCCUUCGGCGUUCCGCCUCAGCAAAAGCAUCCAUGUUACGCCAUGUCAUGUUAAAAAGGAUAGUCAUUGCACGUGAUAAAAAAAGUGCGACCACGAGCCCCGCGCCCACCUGUCUGUCGAAACCCCCUCUCAGUGCUUUCACCUCAUCGGGCUCCCCCGCCGUUCUUGCUAGGUUACCAGGCUCGCGUGUCCCGCCACCAGCAAACAACACAGCGCCGCAGCCGCCGCUCGCGAUGCCGACAGUCAGCGUCGGCCGCGACCGCCUCUUCGCUGCACUCGGCAGGGUCUACACGCAAGACGAAUUCGAGGCACUCUGCUUCGAUUUCGGCAUCGAACUCGACGACGUGACCACAGAGAAGGCCAUCAUCCGGAAGGAGAAGCACCUGGAGGAAGAUGUCGAAGCGGACGGUGAUGACGAGGUCAUCUACAAGAUUGAGGUUGCUGCCAAUAGAUAUGAUUUGUUAUGUCUUGAAGGAUUAGCAAGAUCUCUUCGCAUUUUCACUGGGAGUGAAGCAACCCCUAUAUUUAAAAUUGCUUCAAUCCCCCGUGGUUCAAUGCUUCAGAUGCAUGUUAGACCACAGACGUCACAAAUUAGACCAUAUGUAGUUUGUGCUGUCCUAAGAGGAGUAACUUUUGCUGAAGUCAGAUACAACAGCUUCAUUGAUCUUCAAGACAAACUCCAUCAAAAUAUUUGCCGGAAGAGAACUCUUGUUGCUAUUGGUACCCAUGAUUUGGACACUCUGCAAGGACCCUUCUCAUACGAGGCUCUACCACCACAGGAAAUCAAUUUUAUCCCAUUAAAACAGGAGCAAACGUUCAGAGCAGAUGCAUUGAUGGAUUUCUACCGAUCUGACAUGAAGUUGAAGAAGUUUUUGCAUAUUAUCGAGAAUUCUCCAGUUUACCCAGUUAUAUAUGAUAGCAACAGAACUGUAUUAUCGUUACCUCCUAUCAUCAAUGGUGCACAUUCUGCUAUCACCCUGAAGACAAGGAAUGUGUUUAUCGAAUGCACUGCUACAGACCUUACAAAAGCAAAUAUUGUUCUGAAUACAAUGGUUGCAAUGUUUUCGGAGUACUGUGAAAAUAAGUUUGAAGUGGAACCAGUUGAAGUGGUAUCUCAUGAUGGAAGCACAGCCAUUUAUCCUGAUCUUUCAUGUUAUAAAAUGGAAGUUUCGCUCUCUGAUAUUGUUGGACCCAUUGGAAUCUCCCUAGAUGAGACGCAGGUUAUCUCCCUUCUGAACAAAAUGCAAUUGCAAGCGGACCUUUGUUCAUCAAAUCGGGAGCCUUGUAUUUCGGUGUCUGUCCCUCCUACAAGAAGUGAUGUUCUGCAUGCUCGUGAUCUAGCAGAGGAUGUUGCUAUAGCUUAUGGGUACAACAAUGUGCCAAAAUCAAAACCAAAGUCUAUGACAAUUGGUGGAAGGCAACCACUAAACCGUUUCUCUGAUAAAAUUCGUGCCGAGGUUGCAAGAGCUGGUUAUAUGGAGGUGCUCACAUUUGUUUUGACUUCACAUGAAGAGAACUUUGACAUGCUAAACAGGACAGACGAUGGAAAUAAAGCAGUCAUUAUUGCAAACCCCCGUACUUCUGAAUUUGAGGUUGUAAGAAGUAGUCUGAUGUCAUGUUUGUUGAAAACGCUGAAGCAUAAUAUAGACCAUCCAAGGCCCAUAAAGAUUUUUGAAGUUGGUGAUGUAGUGUCAUUGGAUACUUCACGUGAUGUUGGUGCCUCUAAUAAUCGCCGGCUUGCAGCUUUGUACUGUAAUAGUAAUUCUGGAUUUGAGGAAAUUAUGGGUUUGGUGGAUAGGAUUGUCAAAAUCGUGAGAGCUCCACACAUAAAUUUCGGCCAGACUUACUAUGUUCCUUCAAGUGAACCCGAGUUCUUUACUAAAAGACAAUGCAAAAUUGUUAUGAGUGACGGAAAGCAGGUUGGCUACUUAGGAAUUGUCCAUGCUGAGGUGCUAAGAAAAUUUGGCAUUCCGGACCCCUGCACUUUCGUUGAGAUUGACAUUGAGGCUCUUUUGUAGUUGCCAUGUAUAUGAAUCAGGGGAUUCGCCCAUUGGUUUUGUUCACUUGGCAGUUUGGCAGGCGUGUGGUAUCUCAACACAACAGGACCCUCAUUUUAGUUUGGACACCACAUGCUCAAUUGUAGUACUAGCUCACAUUGGUGCUUGCAUGUUUUUGAGUCUGAAAAAGGAAGAAAUAUCAUGAUACUGUAGAUGCCUCUCAGCUUUUUGUGAGUGAAAGAUGUGCCUUACUUUGUUUCCGUAUUGAUACAAUUAUACAGCACCAUUUUGGCAGAUAUGUUUCUAUGAAAUAUGCCAGUUAUUAA